UGUGAAAUCUCUGGGAAUUUUAAAGAAAUUAAGAUACCAAGAAGAUGGAAACAUCAAAGCCCAGUUAUGUGGUGAGGAGUUAAGCAAUGGAACAAGAUUACAGAAUGUAGGUUUUUUUCUUUUUUAUCUAUGCUGCUGCACUUAUAUGAUUUGACAUGUUCUUGGCACUUUGCAAAAAUAACUUAAGUUGUGCGAGAGGGCACGUACCAAUCCUCAGCUGCAGAUCAGCUAUACUGUGCCAAAACGUAUGGAACUGGAAGGGAUCGCCGAUUGCAUGGAGCCAGAAAAUACCUUUGAAGACUAUCAGAACAGAUAGAAAAUGGCUUCAGCGACUGAAAUCCAAGUUUUACAGGGCUGGACAGUGGCCCAAAUGUAUGCACGUUCUCAGUGGCAGGCUAAACGACUUCACUUCAGCCUCGGAUACGGAGCGUCAUGGACUGUUUAAAAACCAUUCAGAAUCUGUCUUUAGUAAAAUAACAGCUCCAACGAAUCAGGAUGGCUUUUAUAGAGCAGAAGCGAAAGCCGACAAUUUCACUUCUACCAUGUGUAGAUCUGAUCUUCGUAGUCUCGACUACAACCCUCAGGUGUUUGGUUUGACCCGUAUUUUUAAUAUUCGGUGGAACUGGGGGUGUCUUCAGUGGUCCAAGGGGUUCUGUACAUCUAACCCCGGGAAGCCUCACGCUGACGAAGAGCAAAGUUCACUGAAGCAAAACUCGACAAGGGAUCCCGACACCAGCCAAGGUGCCGCAGCACCUUCACCAAAUGAAUCCUCUUCUCAGUUCAAAGAGCUGUAUGAAAAUCCAUGGACAAUUCCCAAUUUCCUCUGUAUGAUGCGGAUUGGACUGUCUCCUGUCCUGGGUUACUUGAUAAUGGAACAGUAUUUCCACAUGUCUCUUGGCCUUUUUGCUUUUGCUGGAGCAACGGAUUUGCUGGAUGGUUACAUUGCUCGUAACUGGCCCAGUCAGAAAUCAGCUUUGGGCAGUGCACUGGAUCCAUUGGCUGAUAAGAUUCUCAUCAGUGUGCUAUACAUCAGCCUGACCUAUGCACAGCUUAUCCCAGCCCCUCUCACUGCGUUGGUGAUAUCCAGGGAUAUAGCUCUGAUUGCUGCGGUUUUCUAUGUCAGGUAUAAGACUGUCCCCCCUCCGGUGACACUUGGCAAGUUUUUCAAUCCAUGCUACACCACUGCCCAACUCAAACCAACACUAAUAAGCAAGAUCAACACUGCAAUCCAGUUAUUUCUGGUGGCCGUAUCAUUAGCUUCACCAGUGUUUCACUACACAGACAGUGUUCUGCUACAGUCCUUGUGGUAUGUCACAGCACUGACAACAGUGGCUUCUGGUUACAGCUACUAUCAUUACGGGAGAAAGACAGUGGAAGUAUUAAAUAAUACCAAGUAGAUACAUUGUUGUCAGGACACCAUACAUUUUCUCUUAGAAACACCAGAAGAAAAAUGAAACUGGAUGAAAAUGGUACAUUUAAUGUUAUGAACAGAAAGUUUAGAGGAACCUUGAAAUAAGACAACAGUCUUGUUUUUAUAUCUUACGGUAAGAAAUAUAGAGCAGGAUAUAGAACCAGCCGAUUUCUUAAUACAGAGAAUCACACCUGUAUGAACCCAAUCAUGUCUUAGCCUCCAACUCAGUAGAACUUUUCUAUUCUCUUUCAAUGAACACCUGCAGCAUUUUCCAAUUAAAACCAUGAUUUCA